GAACGCCCCUGCUCACAAAUAGGCAUGCGUGUUUCUCAUUCAUCACAGCGUUUCCGCUUCCUUUAUGUCUCCCGUUCUUUUUGAGAGAUUGAAACCCACUGUUUGUUGGUAGCUACAUCAUGGGAGCCUACUUGUCGCAACCCAACACAGUGAAGUCCUCUUCCAAUGGUGGAAACCAAAAGAUGAGCUUCGGCUUUGCAGCCAUGCAGGGCUGGCGUGUCUCUAUGGAGGAUGCUCACAACUGCAUUUUAGAACUGGACGAUGAAACGGCCAUGUUUUCUGUGUAUGAUGGACAUGGAGGUGAGGAAGUUGCAUUGUACUGUUCCAAGUACCUACCUGAUACCAUUAAAGAACAAAAGGCUUACAAAGAUGGCAAACUGCAAAAGGCUUUGGAGGAUGCGUUUCUGGCAAUUGAUAGCAGGGUGACCACAGAGGAAGUGAUCAAAGAGCUUGUUCAGAUCGCUGGCCGCCCACAGGAGGAAGCACCAAAUGAAAAAGUUGCUGAAGAAGAUGAUUUGGACAAUGAGGAGGCUGAACUUUUGCAUGAGGAGGCCACCUUGACCAUUGAAGAGCUGCUCGUUCGCUACGGACAGAACCGCAAUGCACUCAAACACAAGAAGCUCUGUCCGGAGGGCAAUAAAGAGUCUGGGGAAGGUGAACCACAUUCCUAUGGGGAGAAGGGCAUCAAUGGAGAAGUGGAGGGUGAGAUAGACAGCAAUGGGAAGGCCAAGGCUGGUGGUGGUGCAGGAUUCUCCAAGCUGCGGGCCUGCAGGAGAGCAGGAGCGGACAGCUCUUCAGCGACAGGAGCAGCAGGGUCCUGUGAAGGAGAGAAGGACACCGGGCCUUCUUGCUCUUCGUCAGCGGCCCCGGCUCCGGGAGAUACCAGCUCCAAGUUCUUUGAGGACAGUGACGAGUCGGGGGAAGAGGAAGAUGGGGGAAGUGAAGAGGAGGAUGGCAGUGAGGAAGGUGAAAGCAGUGAUGAUGAAGAGGAAGACACUGAAGAGGGAGAGGAUGAGGAGGAAGAGAUGUGCUACCCUGGAAUGGAUGGAAAAGAAGAGCCUGGCUCAGACAGUGGCACUACAGCGGUGGUGGCUCUGAUCAGAGGCAAACAGCUGAUUGUAGCAAAUGCCGGGGACUCCCGCUGUGUGGUGUCUGAGAAGGGCAAGGCCAUAGACAUGUCCUACGACCACAAGCCAGAGGAUGAGCUGGAGCUGGCCAGGAUAAAGAAUGCUGGGGGAAAGGUCACCAUGGACGGCCGCGUCAACGGAGGACUCAACCUCUCCAGGGCCAUCGGCGAUCACUUUUACAAACGAAACAAGGCCCUUGGCCCAGAGGAGCAGAUGAUCUCCUCAAUGCCUGACGUCAAAGUGCUCACCCUCAACCCGGAGCAUGACUUCAUGGUCAUUGCAUGCGACGGAAUCUGGAACGUCAUGAGCAGUCAGGAUGUUGUGGACUUUGUCAGUCAGAAAAUAAAGCCUGAUGCCAGUGGCGUUGCCAGGCCUCUGUCCUCCAUAGUUGAAGAGCUACUUGACCAUUGCCUUGCACCUGAUACGUCUGGAGAUGGUACAGGCUGUGACAACAUGACCUGCAUCAUCAUCACGUUCGGCGCUCACCCUGGCAACAGCAUGGCCGACAUCACCAAUAAGAGAAAGCCUGAAGAGAUUAUCCCAGAGAAGAAUGGGAAUGACAGCAAGAAGUCAAAAAGCGAAUAGAACUGCCAUCAAGUAGAAUAGCUCCAGUCCUUUUCACAAGCCAGGACUUUUUCUCUGGAAACUUUUAAAGACAGUGGUCUCUGGAAUAGGAUGAGUUUUAGUUAAUGUCCCAAGAUACAAGAAUAAAUGGAAAACAGAAAAAACAUUUUCUUGGUGUGUAAUUGAUUUUGCUUAUCUGCCCCAUUGGAAAUGUGACUCCUAGUGUACUGUUUGUCACCACACCCUUUAUGUAUAUACUUGUUAAUUGAAUAAAUGCAUUUUCUUUAAUUAUG